ACUUCCUCUGGCAGGAGCACUACUUUACACGUCACGUCAUGCCGGAUUACAUCAAAGACUUCAUUAAUCCCCACAAAAACCAAACAUUUAUUCUUGCAAGCAUUGACUUGGUCCAUUAAGAAAAGGGUAAAAACCAAAUGUGUCUUCCAAAAAGCAAAGAUGCGAGAAACAAAAGAGCCAAACGGCAGAAUUCGACAAACAGGUCAAAACUUUACUUUUCGAACCAAAUAUUCUCCACUUCUUUGAUUUGCCGGCAUUUGUUCUCUCUCACUCUCUCUCUCUCUCUCUCUCUCUCUCGUGAUGCAUCUGCAACUGGUGCCAUGGCUUACCGCAGCAACACUCUGUGUAACACUGACCGGGAUAUGCUCAAGCUCGACGCUAAGCACCGUCUCAGAUGCUGACAGAAUCGUCAGCUUGCCGGGACAGCCCAAGGUUUGCUUCAGUCAGUAUGCAGGGUACAUCACUGUGCACAAGAAGCAGCAGAGAGAUCUCUUCUAUUACUUCGCCGAAGCCGAAGCCGACCCGCGUUCGAAGCCUCUUGUGCUUUGGCUCAAUGGAGGGCCUGGUUGUUCAUCCGUUGGAAUCGGUGCUUUCAGCGAGCAUGGACCGUUCAAGCCCAGUGGAGAUGUGCUCCGGAAAAAUGAUUAUAGCUGGAAUAAAGAAGCAAACAUGUUGUACCUGGAAUCUCCUGCCGGAGUAGGUUUCUCCUACUCUGUCAAUAACUCUUAUUAUAUCUCUGUCGACGACAAGAUGACAGCAAAAGACAAUCUCGCAUUCCUCCGCAACUGGUUCAAAAAAUUCCCGGAAUACAAGAACAGAGAUUUAUUCAUCACAGGAGAGAGCUAUGCAGGUCACUAUGUUCCACAACUUGCAAAGCUCAUCGUGCAGUCCAAGUUGUUCAAUUUGAAGGGAAUUGCCAUAGGAAAUCCGCUUCUCGAGUACAAUACCGAUUUCAACUCACGGGCGGAGUUCUUAUGGUCCCACGGAUUGAUAUCAGAUGCAACCUACAAAAGUUUCAACACAAUAUGCAACUUCUCCCAAAUUAUCAGACAAAGAUGGAGCGACGCCCUCACCCCUGGCUGCUCUCAUGUCCUCAGCGAAGCACUGAGAGAAAUAAGCAAUUUCGUUGAUGGGUACGAUGUCACUCUUGAUGUUUGUUUGUCGACAGUUUCUUCACAAUCCGCGGUUCUGAAUAAGCCGGUGAGCCUCUUAAUCCAUUCUGAUGUACUAUUUUAUUUAUGCCUCUUGCAACCUUUUGAACUUUUCGGGUUAUGCUUUUUCCAGCAAGAAACAGAGAAGAUAGAUGUAUGUGUGCCAGAGGAAACCGUGAAGUACUUGAACAGGAAAGAAGUGCAGGAGGCUCUACAUGCCCGGCUUGUCGGAAUCUCUAGAUGGACAACUUGCAGCAGUGUUCUCAAAUAUGAAAUGCAAAAUCUGGAGACACCGACGGUUCCGAUUCUGGGGGAGCUAGUGAAGUCAGGAAUCCACGUUUUAGUUUACAGCGGGGAUCAAGAUGCUGCUAUUCCAUUCAUCGGAACGAGGACUAUAGUGAACAAGUUAGCAAAGCAAUUGGGACUGAACACAACCGUGCCUUAUAGUGUCUGGUUCGAGGAAAGACAGGUUGCUGGGUGGACACAAGUGUAUGGAGAUAAAUUAUCAUACGCGACGAUCAGAGGGGCCUCUCAUGAAGCCCCAUUUUCGCAGCCGGAGAGAUCGCUGGUGUUGUUCAGCUCAUUUCUGGGAGGGGGCCCAUUGCCAGAAGGGCUCUUGUCCGAGUCUGCUGUCAGAAAUAACCAUAUUAAUAUCACGUGGUCCUAAGUUUACAAAAAUUGGACUGCAUUGGCACUGAAGCUUUUAAUGAGGUUACAGACAGACAGAUAGAAAUGGUUAUGA